GGGCAGACAUCCCAUGUGCAACCUCCUUGGCUUCUGCUUCAGAGUUCCAUCUUCUUCUUCUUCCUCCUCUCCCAAUGGCCCAUCUUCCCAUUUCCACUUUCUUUUCUCCACAAUCAUAACCAAAGCUUCACCUCAAUCUCUCUCUCUCUUUUCCAAUCUCUAAGUAAGCUAUGAAGAAACACAGAGCCUUUCUUAAGUUUCCCUUUCUUCUCCUCCUCCUCUGUCUUCUUAAGUUCUCCAAAGCUGAUUCAGAUGGAGACGCAUCAGCUAUGCUUUCACUCAAGAAAAGCCUAAACCCACCUUCAUCUUUCGGAUGGUCCGACCCGGACCCGUGCAAAUGGACCCACGUCGUUUGCACAGGCACCAAACGGGUGACCCGGAUCCAAAUCGGGCAUUCGGGUCUCCAAGGUACACUCUCUCCCGAUAUUCGUUCGUUAACAGAGCUCGAGAGGCUCGAGCUGCAGUGGAACAACAUCUCUGGUCCCAUCCCUACUCUAAGCGGCUUGUCUUCCUUACAAGUCUUGAUGCUAAGCAACAACCACUUCGACUCGAUCCCCAGCGACAUCUUCCAAGGCUUAACUUCGUUGCAAUCUGUCGACGUGGACAACAACCCUUUCGCGUCUUGGGAGAUCCCCGAGAGCUUGAGAAACGCCUCUGCUCUUCAGAACUUCUCCGCCAACUCGGCUAAUGUCUCCGGUACGUUACCUGGUUUUCUCGGACCGGAUGAGUUUCCCGGUUUGUCUAUUUUGCAUUUGGCUUUUAAUAAGUUAGAAGGUGAGUUGCCGUUGGGGUUGUCCGGCUCUCAGAUUCAGUCGUUAUGGCUCAACGGUCAGAAACUAACCGGUUCGAUCGAUGUUCUUCGGAACAUGACCGGUUUAAGAGAGGUCUGGCUUCAUUCCAAUUCGCUCUCCGGUCUUCUUCCCGAUUUCUCCGGUCUGCAAGAGCUUGAGAGCUUGAGCUUGAGGGAUAACUCGUUCACCGGUCCGGUUCCCGCUUCUUUGAUGAGUCUUGACUCAUUGAAGGCUGUGAACUUGACUAACAAUCAUCUUCAAGGACCGGUCCCUGAGUUUAAAGCCUCCGUCUCCGUCGAUUUGGAGAAAGAUACCAAUAGCUUUUGCUUGCCUACUCCAGGCGAGUGUGAUCCUAGAGUGAAGUCUUUGCUUACGAUCGCUAGCUCAGUGGAUAAUCCACUGAGGCUAGCUGAGAGUUGGAUAGGAAACGAUCCUUGUACUAACUGGAUUGGGAUCACUUGUAGCAAUGGGAACAUUACCGUUAUUAAUCUUGAGAAAAUGGGGCUAACCGGGACGAUUUCUCCUGAGUUUGGCUCCAUCAAAUCGCUUCAAAGAAUCAUUCUCGGAAUCAACAACCUUACCGGUACCAUUCCUCAUGAGCUCACAACGUUACCUAACCUCAAAACGCUGGACGUUUCGAGUAACCAUCUUUUUGGGAAGGUUCCUGCUUUCAAAAGCAAUGUGGUUGUGAAUACUAAUGGCAAUCCGGACAUCGGAAAAGAUAAAAGCUCUUUAUCUCCUCCUGGCUCUUCUUCACCUUCUGGUGGUGGUUCUGGUUCAGGCUUAAGUGAUGGGAGAGUGAAAACGUCUUCGGGUUUUAUAGGAAUCGUUAUUGUUUCUGUGCUCGGUGGACUAUUAAUGAUCUUCUUGAUCGGUUUAUUGGUUUUCUGCUUGUACAAGAAGAGGCAAAAGCGGUUCACAAGGGGCGAGAGCUCGAAUGCAGUUGUUGUUCAUCCGAGACACUCUGGCUCUGACAAUGAGAACGUUAAAAUUACAGUGGCGGGUUCAAGCGUAAGCGUCGGAGGCAUAAGCGACACCUACACGCUUCCCGGUACGAGCGAGGUGGGAGAUAAUAUCCAAAUGGUGGAAGCGGGAAACAUGCUGAUCUCAAUCCAAGUGCUUCGUUCGGUGACUAACAACUUCAGCCAAGAUAACAUUCUGGGACAAGGAGGUUUCGGUGUUGUUUACAAAGGCGAAUUGCACGAUGGAACAAAGAUUGCAGUUAAGAGGAUGGACAACGGAGUGAUUGCUGGCAAAGGUUUUGCGGAAUUCAAGUCUGAGAUUGCGGUUUUGACCAAAGUUAGGCAUCGCCAUUUGGUUACGCUUCUCGGUUAUUGUCUGGAUGGGAACGAGAAGUUGCUUGUGUACGAGUAUAUGCCUCAAGGGACUUUGAGUAGGCAUCUGUUUGAGUGGUCGGAGGAAGGGCUUAAGCCUCUCUUGUGGAAACAAAGAUUGACUUUAGCGUUGGAUGUGGCGAGAGGUGUGGAGUAUCUUCACGGAUUAGCUCAUCAGAGCUUCAUUCAUAGAGAUCUUAAACCGUCAAACAUUCUUCUCGGCGAUGAUAUGAGGGCUAAGGUUGCGGACUUUGGACUCGUUCGUCUUGCACCUGAAGGGAAAGGGUCUAUUGAGACUAGAAUUGCUGGAACAUUUGGUUACUUGGCACCCGAAUAUGCAGUUACGGGUCGAGUGACCACAAAGGUCGAUGUGUACAGCUUCGGGGUGAUUCUGAUGGAACUAAUAACAGGAAGGAAAUCUCUAGAUGAAUCGCAACCAGAAGAGAGCAUUCACUUGGUCUCCUGGUUCAAACGAAUGUUCAUCAACAAGGAAUCAUCAUUCAAGAAAGCAAUCGACCCGACAAUAGACCUCGACGAAGAAACCCUGGCCAGCGUUCACACCGUUGCUGAGCUGGCAGGCCAUUGCUGUGCCCGUGAGCCUUACCAGAGACCAGACAUGGGACACGCUGUCAACAUUCUGUCCUCACUCGUCGAGCUAUGGAAACCUGCUGAUCAGAAUCCAGAGGACAUAUACGGAAUCGAUCUGGACAUGUCUUUGCCUCAAGCUCUUAAGAAAUGGCAAGCUUAUGAAGGAAGAAGUGAUCUUGAAUCAUCUACUUCGUCGCUUUUACCUAGCUUGGGUAACACGCAGAUGAGUAUUCCCUCUAGACCUUACGGAUUCGCAGAGUCUUUCACUUCCGUAGAUGGACGUUGAUGAAAUGAGAAUUCUUCACAAAUCCCAAAUUUGUUUGUUUUCUUCUGUAUAUUUGUGUGUGUUCUUCCUCUUUCUUCACUUCUCACUUAACAAUUCUUUCAUGUUUCUUGUUAUGCAAGUAACCUUAGGGUUUUGGGUUUCGUAAUAUUAUUGCUGUUUGUUUU